AUGAGUAAGGCCCUGGACCGCAUUUCCCAGUCGCCCUUCACGCGUAGGAUAGAGGGGGCUGAGCUUCCUCGGCGGUUCCACCAACCCGCUUUUGCUAUAUAUAAUGGUCGGACGGACUUAGUAGAGCACGUAAGCCAGUUUAACCAGAGGAUGACCGCCCAUUACAAGGACAAGGUGUUGAUGUGCAAAGUGUUUCCGUCCAGCUUGGGACCCAUGACAAUGAGGUGGUUCGAUGGCCUCAAGCCGAACUCCAUAAACUCUUUUAAGCAGCUGACACAGGCUUUCGGUUCUCGCUUCAUAACUACCAGCAGAGUCCCUCGGCCCCUAGAUUCCUUCCUGUCCUUGUCCAUGCGAGAAGGAGAGACCCUGAAGGCCUACUCAGACAGAUAUUGGGAAAUGUAUAAUGAGAUAGAGGGAAAUUACGAUGACGUCGCCAUUAGCACAUUCAAGAGGGGCCUGCCGACAGAGCAUGGUUUAAGAAAGUCCCUGACUGGGAAAUCGAUCACUAGCGUGCGUCAAUUCAUGGACAGAAUCAACAAGUACAAGAGAGUUGAAGAAGAUCAGCAGACGGGAAAGGGCAAAGUGAAGGUUGUCCCUCAGGAGAGGAGGGACUUCAGGUCGGAUCGCUUUAACAACAGUAACCUUCCGAGAAGGGAUUACUCGGAGCAGUCUGGAUCCACAGGGGCACAGGCAGUCCAUGCUGUGUUCCGAGAACCAUUACAUAAGAUCCUAGAGAAGGUGAAGAACGAACCGUUCUUUCAAUGGCCAAGUAGGAUGGCAAGCGACCCCGCGAAACGUAACCAGAAUCUAUAUUGUGCGUAUCACCAAGAGCCGGGCCAUACCACCGAUGAUUGCAGGAAUUUGAAAAACCACUUGGACCGGCUAGUCCGAGAGGGGAAGUUGAGACAUCUGUUGCAUCACCUUGUUGGAUGGCAGGAGCAGUCGAACAUCGAAACUAGGAAAAGCAUAUUGAGACCACCCAUUGGCACGAUAAAUGUCAUUCUUGUCGCACCAGGAAGGACCGGCUCCCAUCCUUGUAGAGUAAUGUCGGUGGGCCGGCUCCCCACUGAAGCUAACGACCGGGAGUCUUAG